GUCAUCUUCUCAUCGGGUCUCUGCUCUAGUUGUGCUCUAGUGCCGACUGCUCAUUUCCAGUGAGGGAGAAAUGCUCAAAACAUGCAUCAAAUUAUCUAAGUUCAGAUAGAUGCUGAUAGCUGGCCUGGAUAAGCAUGCUGGCCAGGAUUGACUCUGGUUUGAGUGUGUAUGAAAGUAAGAGACGCUGAGGGGGAGGGGUGGCUGAACCGAAAAACCACACCGCGCGUGACGUCUUCUGCAUCUGCAAGUAAGCGCAUCAACAAAGAGGCAUCUUUUUUUCUUUUUGCUCUUUCAACCACUGAAGUGCAGCAGAACAUGGAACAGAGUUUAGCAGACUUAUUCAGUGAUGUAUUCUCAGAUGUGUCUCUGCCAAGUUAUCAGGCGGGUGAACUGGACUUUGAGCCUCUGCAGGAGGAGGACGGGAGUGGGAAGAGUAAUGGGGGGAGGCUGCCAGCACUCACUGAGGUAGAUGAGGAUGAUGACCCAGAAGAGGAAGAAACAGUGUGUGUGUUUGUGGAUAUGUUAGAGGAGGACGCACACUGCAGUAUGUCUGGGUUCUCUCAGGAUGAGCUCUGGGGAGACAUUUUUGAGCUUGGGGGACAGGAGGCUGAGGACGGACAGGAGCUCAGUGCUGAGGAUGAGGCCUUAAUGGAUGACAUGGAUGCAGGAGGACUGAGCUCCCUGGCCCAGAGGUCACAGAUGAUCGGCUUUAGAACUGGAUGCUGGGAAGGUGAUCAAAUGAAGAGUGGAGGGAUCACAGGAAGUGGGAAGCAAGCUCAGGACAUGGGGAUGGAGCAGGAGUUUUCUACCCAACACGCAAAUUCUCAGGAAGAUCAUGGGGUGGAGUGCCCCCAAGCCAAUGCCCCACACGCAGGUUCAGAUACAGGGGCAGAGGGAGGGGAAGAGGACUACAGAGGUCUGAAGGACGGAAGGAAUUUGUCUGAACGAUUCGUAAAAGAGGAGGGUGGGAAGGAAAGCCAAAGCUACACAGACACAGAUUCAAAUUCAGAAGUAGACACAGACACAGACUCAGAUGCAGGCAUAGACAGAGAUGUAGAUUUAGACGCAGGCAUAGACAGAGAUGUAGAUUCAGACGCAGGCAUAGACAGAGAUGUAGAUUCAGACGCAGGCAUAGACAGAGAUGUAGAUUCAGACGCAGGCAUAGACAGAGAUGUAGAUUCAGACACAGACAUAGUCCCAGAUGUGGGUCCAGUCUCAGAUGAUGUUACAGAUUCAGAUGCAGACAUAGUCCCAGAUGUGGGUCCAGUCUCAGAUGAUGUUACAGAUUCAGAUGCAGACAUAGUCCCAGAUGUGGGUCCAGUCUCAGAUGAUGUUACAGAUUCAGAUGCAGACAUAGACAUUGUUACAGACAUACUCACAGAUGCUCCAGUGGCAGAUGAUGUUACAGAUCCAGACACAGACAUAGACAUCGUUACAGACAUAGUCACAGAUGAUGUGACAGAUCCAGACACAGACAUAGACAUCGUUACAGACAUACUCACAGAUGAUGUGACAGAUUCAGAUUCAGACAUUGUUCCACACAUCCUAACACACAUAGUCACGGCUGUGGCUCCUUUCGCGGACGAUGUUGUGGAUUCAGAUGCGGAUUCGGUUACGGAUGCAGAGGCCAUGCCAGCAGCUGAUAUGGAGGCAGAAGAGCACUGUCACUCAGUGACAGAGGAAUCGCUGGAUGACUUUCUGCAUGUUCUCCCCACAGACCCCUUCAGAGGGGAGCUGAAGGAGUUCUCCGAGUCUGAUUGUGGGGUGGUCGGAGAGGGAUACGCCGAAUACCCAUCUGAAGAGGAAGAGGAGCGCAAGGAUGAAGAGGAGAACGCUGAGGGGAGGGGAUUGGGGCAACUCUCGGAGGCCUGGUCCCCCCAAACAGGAACAGAACCUUCUGAGUGGGAGCUGAUGGCAGGAGCGGUAGAGGGCUGUGAGAAGCAAGAGACCAGCGAAAAGAACGGAGUCGGUUUGGAGGGAGGGAGAGAGGAGGAUGGAAGGAAAGGUCAUGCAGAGAGUGGGUUUGAUGUGGGUUUGGACAUUGAGGAGGAAAUGGAGGUUUCAGAUUCUUCCAGCGUGAGGAGCGAGGGAGACAUGCUGAACGAAGGCAGUGAGGAUGAGUCUGCAGGGGCUCAUGGGAAACAGGCCCUAGACGGGACAGAAGAUCGGGGGAGUGACGGGGGCCAGGGUUCUGAUGAAAGUAAGAAAGAUGAUGACGUUAUGUAUGAAAUGAAAUGGAUGGGAGGCCAGUGGGACCAUGGGAGAGGAGCAGCCCUGAGAAUGGAUGGCGGAAAGGAGCACUGUCACACAGGGAGCAUCACAGAGGAUGUGUCCUCUGCUGAUGAAGACGGAAUUCUUCAAAGCGUCAUGUUAGACCAGACCAAUGAGGACAAGGAGAAAGUGCUUCAUGUUAUCACACGCGAGCAGGCCUCGGCUGAUGAAGAGGAUGUCGGCCAUGCGGAAUAUGAUGGAGGAAGGGUUGAAGGAAGCUCUGCAGUGAGUAGUGCUGGUGCUUUUGGGGGCUGGGCUCCCGGGGCUGCCCCCCUGUCCGUCUCCACCUCAGAUCGCCCCAGCAGACACAGCGAGUCAGAGAGCAGCUCCAGCGAUUCAGACACCUGGUCUUACCAGGCGGCCGCUCCCGCGGUCCUCAGAGGCCUGAGCGCUGGACCCCACCACCUGUGGCCAGGGUCAGACUCACAGGCAGGGGGCGCCACUGAACCCCUCUCCAGCGCUUAUGCUCACAGAGUCCGAGGGGCUGAAGAGGAAGAGUUUGAGAAUGACGAUAACGUAGAGGAGGAGGACGAGGAGGAGGAGGAAGAGAGGAACUGGGAGCAAGAGAGAGAGAGGAUUCAGGCGUUUUACCGCUACUACGGUGAUGAAGAGGAAGACUAUGGCGCGCAGCAAGAGGACCAAGGGCCCUCCAGCAGGAAGCACACAGUCCGGUUCUGCCUGCCCACACUCCCUCUCCAGCGGGACUCCGACAGCAGUGACAUGGACACAGUCAGUAGCUCGUCAGAGGACUCAGACUCUGGAGGACCUGGGUCAGUGGCCAAUGCAGUGAGGAUUGCAGCAGCCAGUGCAGUGAGGAUUGCAGUGGCUGAUGCAACAUCCAGUCAGGCAACGGGUGCAGGGACUUGGAUGCCGGUGAGGACAGAGGAUGGCGAUUGUGAGAGCCACAGGGAGAAGCUCUCUGUCUUUCUGCAGCAGACUCAGGUCACACAAGUGGAGCUGAACAAGAUGAGUGCUGAGCUGAGGGCCCAACACCAGAGGAGCAGGGUGCCCAGCGUGAUGAAGACAGUCCUGAAAAUGAGCCUGCUAUCUGUGCUUGGAGUCAUCAUGUUCUGGUGGGCAACUGACCAGCUGGAGUGGAUUGGGCCAGACUGGAAUACCUAACCACUCCCACCAACAAGGGUCUAUUCUGAAGAUAAGAGCAUGAGAAUAAAUGUUUUUUUUUUUCGGAACACCAUUUAAUGUUCACCAUUCUAAGCCAUAAACUUGGCACCACAUUUUCUUGUCAACAUGCCUUUUGCUUCCAUUUAUAGUUUAAUGUUUUUAAAACAUAUAUCUUUAUACUGUUGUGUUUUUUUAAGUGAUAUACUGUAUGUUUGUACUUUUGAUUACUUUUAUAUUGCAAUAAUGUAUAUGAAGGACCCGCUGAUGUGGACAUAUUAAUGACACAAUUAUUUUGAUUAUUAUGAUUAUUAUGUUGCAGAACAAUUCUUAAUGCAUUCAUUAUUCAUAAUUCAGGAUUAAAUUGUACCACUCUGGGGUGGGGCUAGGAACAUCUGACCACCCAGUCCUGUACACACACACACUCACCCACUCCAGUACACACACACACACACACACACACACUCACCCACUCCAGUACACACACACACACACACACUCACACACACACACACACACACACACACACACUCACCCACUCCAGUACACACACACACACUCACCCACUCCAGUACACACACACACUCACACACACACUCACACACACACACACACACACA